AUGAGUUCGUUUUCUGGUGCCAUUCAAAGACCGCUUGUGGCGGCGGCUGCGGUUGCUGUUGCUUCUUUCUCUGCUGAUGUAUCUGAUAAAUUGCCAUUCCGUGGAUCAUCACGUGAUUGUUCUACCUCCGAUUUGGCGCAUUCUGCAUCUUGUAGCAACGUACAAGAAUCAGAUUUAUCAUGGGUUUCUCAUAUUUCGGAUUCAAAACUUGCUAACCUCUCUUUUGUGACCCGAAUUCCCGUGCCUGUGCCUAAUGUUCAGUUUCGGGUGCCAAGUUUGGGUCACAACUGUGUUUCAAAUUUGCACCAUUCUUCAGUUGUCUCGUCACCACUUCUUCAGAGUUUGUAUCACUCUGCUGACUUCCCUAAGGUGUCAAGGCCUGCUACGUGUUCCCAUGGCGUCUCCAAUUCAACUUCCGAGGUCAUGUAUAAAUGGCAUUUGCCCGACCCGAAUGCUUUAUGUGAUUCAAAUUGUUCAUUGACAAAGUCAAGGACAGUGGUGGUCUUGCUGGGAUGGUUGGGAGCAAGGCAGAAACACUUGAAGAAGUAUGCGGAGUGGUACACCUCAAGGGGGUUUCAUGUCAUUACCUUUACAUUUCCAAUGGGUGAGAUCCUCAGCUAUCAACCGGGAGGAAAGGCUGAGCAAAAUGUUCAUCUGCUUGUCGACCACUUGGCUGAGUGGUUAGAAGGGGAAAAUGAAAAGAAUCUUGUCUUUCACACUUUCAGCAACACUGGAUGGUUAACAUACGGUGUUAUUCUUGAACAUUUGCAUAAGCAGAAUUCAGCUAUCAUGGGAAGGAUUAAAGGCUGCAUUGUAGACUCCGCACCUGUUGCUUACCCUGACCCACAGGUGUGGGCCUCAGGUUUCUCUGCAGCAUUUCUCAAGAAGAAUAGUGUUGCAACAAAAGGACGUGUAUUUUCCGAUGAAACCGGCAUUAAAGUAUCAAUUGGCAGUGAAGAUGAUUUAGGACUCAAACCCGCGGUAACAGAAGCAGCUUUGCUACUAAUUCUAAAUAAAUUUUUUGGGGUCAUUCUGGAUCUUCCUUCAGUGAAUAGGAGGCUUUCCGAUGUUAUGAGCAUGUUAUCAUCAAAACAACCAAGCUGUCCACAGUUAUACAUGUAUAGCUCUGCUGACAGGGUUAUUCCUGCUGAUUCAGUGGAAUCGUUUGUAGAGGCUCAGCGAAUGGCUGGACAUGAUGUGAGGGCAUGCAAUUUUGUGUCCUCACCCCAUGUUGACCACUUUAGGACUGACCCAAAAUUAUAUACAUCUCAGCUCAGUCAGUUUUUGGAGGACAGUGUUCUAAGCCAUUGUAAAUCUCACUAA